AUGGAGGAGAAGAAGAAAGUUUCAUUGAGCGAAAAUGCUUCCGUUAAUGUGACAGGUCCAAAAGAUUGGGAAUGUCUGUCUCUUUGUUUGUCUACAAACACAGCUUGUUCAAUAUCAUAUGACCCGUCAAAAGAACGUUGUUUGGUUUAUACUGAAUGCCAAGGCUCGUGUCCAACCUAUGGACAUGAACAUGGUUCUUGGAGCGUCUACACGAAAAGUUGCGGAAACACAGGAACAACUCAGCCAAACACACCUGAACCUACAACAACGGUACAACCAUCGACCACACCGUCACAAACUACAACGUCGCCAACCACAACGUUACAAUCUACAACAUCGCCAAGUACGACGUCACAAACUACAACAUCGCCAACCACAACGUCACAAACUACAACAUCGCCAACCACAACGUCACAAACUACAACAUCGCCAACCACAACGUCACAAACUACAACAUCGCCAAGUACGACGUCACAAACUACAACAUCGCCAACCACAACGUCACAAACUUCAACAUCGCCAACCACAACGUCACAAACUACAACAUUGCCAACCACAACGUCACAAACUACAACAUCGCCAAGUACGAUGUCACAAACUACAACAUCGCCAAGUACGACGUCACAAAGUACAUCAUCGUAUAUUAAAAUCGAGAAACUUUACAUAGCACCCUGUAUCUGCUACACAAACAAAACGUUUGCUAAUAUGACACAGGAAGAGGGAGCAGCCCAGGUGACGGGCAAGAGACAUGGUCGUCCCGCUCCCGCUAAAACUCAAUUAUUAUUGUUAAAAGCUAGACUGAAGUACAUUUAUAAUUAA